ACUGUGAUAAAAGAAAAACACAGUUUUAUAUAAGGUUAGUUUAUUUAUAUAAUUUGUUAAAGGUUUACUAUAUUAUACGAAAAGGUAUAUUGCAGUAAAAGUAUUAUGUCAUGUUUCGCAAUUUACUAGUAAAAUUAAAAAUUUGGAUGAACUUAAAUUUCAGGCCUAUUAAUAAUGAUAUUUUUUUAUCAAUUACUCCCAAUACCUAAAAAACACUUUAUGUCAGAUCUACUGUGGACAAUUGCAUCAAGCGCAUGAGAUGUGGAUUUACCUGUGUCAAUCCUAAAUUCUGUGCCUGCCUAACCUUCUAUUUACUGUGCAGUCUUUUGAUGCUAGGUAUGGUCAGCUUAAAUUGAUAAUUAUAGUCACUAGAGCCUUAAAAAUUAAAGUGAUAUAGGUAUUUGCAUCUGAUGAGCACAUAUGAAGUGUACAGGAAAAUCUAAUUUUUAGGGCCUAUAAUGUAAUAAAGUAAAUGUUGUUUUUUUUAAAGUUCAACAUCCAUUUGCUUUCUCAGGAUUUUUAUACCUUUAUGGAUCAACAAUUAUAGCUCAGAUUUCAAGACUUCUUCGAAUUAUGAUUCAUGCAUUGCUACCUGCUUCUUGGUUAAAGGUAUGAGCUAAAAAGAAUUGAGUUAUUUGUUGGCUUUUUGUUCUUUUUUUUUUUUUUUUUUUUUUUUUUUUUUUUUUUUUUUUUUUUUUUUUUUUGGCAUCUACCUGUUUGAAUAAGACAAUGGUGUGAUAUUUAUGGAUUAAAUCACAGGGCCUGCGUUUUUUUUUUUAAAGAGAAUCAGCUGUUCCCUAGUCAAAAGUACACCCUCCCCGACACCAUCUCAAGGAAACCAAGGGUAUAUCAAAGGUUUACAGCUUGGCCUUAGAGGGCAGCAGGAUUUGCCAGAACUUUCAUUGAGUAAAUGUCAGAGCACCUACAGGUCUCCCUUUGCCUUUAACCAUCAGUUUGUAGCUGUAAGGCAGCGGAAAUUAGCAAUCAGAGUUUCCUUCUCUUAGUCACUUAUCUUAUAAUAGUAAAGCUAAUUCAACUAAAGCCAAUCAUAGUUCAUUUCUAGGGUGAAGCCAUACUUUUUUUUCUGUUUGUUUAGAUUAAUAAAAGGCAGCCUUUAAUGCUUCAUCUAUAAUAAAUUUUAAUUUUUCACUUUUGACUUUUGACUUUUCAGUCAACUAAAGACAUAAUCAAUGAAGCACUUUACAAAUAUAAUGCUGACCGUCUUGGCCUAGCAGACUAUGCCCUUGAAUCUGCAGGUGACUUUUAUUUUUUAUUUUAUUGUAGAUUUUGAUCAGAGGUACAAACAAAAUGUAAUUACUCCACAUCUCAAAAACCUUAUUUUUAAAUUAAUGAACACAUGUAUUAUUAAACAAACAUACACAAUUCAAUUAAGUUAAGCUCACACUGGAUUAGCCUAAAAAAUACCUUAUUCAUUUAACUUGUACAUUUUAUUUCAGCUAGACAAGUUCAGCAUAAUAAAAUGGCAUAGAAUGAAGAUUCAUGUGCAGAAGAUUCAAGUUUCAAUCAGAAGAUUAGUUGUCUUUACAUGAAUAAUAUUGCCUAUUUGAAUUUACAUUCCUGAAAGUAACAACUGGAGUUGACUGGUUCUUUCAAUAUUAAAAUUUUUAAAAAUUAUUUUUAUUUUGUAAGGGUUCCCCCAGAAGUACUACAAUACUGGGGUAGUCUGCCUUUGCAACUCUCUUUUUUGUUAUUUCAGAUCGUCCCAAUCUCAGUUGAAAACCAAGCGAGAUAUCAUGUUCCCCCACCCCCCCCCCUCCCCAACCAGGUUUGGUAACCAGGCUAGAUAAGAACAGACCUGAUCUUUAAUCUUAGCCAACAGGCCGAGAGACAAUCUGAAAAUUUUUUGGGCUUAUUCAGCCAUCUUCAGAUGAAAAUAAUAUAAAACACAGUACUUCUAUUUUUUUCUACUUUUGAAUUUCAGUGAGAGCUUCAGAACUAUUUUUAAUACCCCCCAAAAAAACUAGGAAUACUUUCUUUGUAGCUUAUUUUCACUCAACCUGAACUGUUAUUUAAACAUAAUAUUUUUAUGCUUUAUAAUAGGAGGAAGUAUCUUAUGCAGCAGCGAGACUUACUACUCUAAGUCUGGUCCUUUGUACAGCAUCUUUGGUAUUCCACUGUGGUAUCAUGCGUCAUCGCCAAGGGAGGUCAUUCAGGUAAAGCUAAUUAUGUACUUGUCAUUGUCGUUUUACAAAAAUGGUUUAUACAAUUGUUUUAUUACAUAGUUAGUUUGGGGGGGGGGGGGGGGGGUUUUUGUUGGAAUGGUUUCAGGAGGCAUGGUGCUUUUUUAAAGUAGGCCUAUAUGAAUUUACUAAGUAAGUUUUUCAUUUCACUGUCAACUGCAAAUAACAUGCAAAAUGAAAAACAAAUAUUAAAUUAAGUUUUACACAGCAUUGUAACAUGGGAGAAUUAAAGUGUAUUAUAAAUAUAUAUACAGUUUGUUUGUUUUUUUCCCCAUAGCCUGAUGUAGCACCAGGAAAAUGCUGGGCAAUGGAUGGAUCCCAAGGUUUUGUGACUAUUCAACUAGCAAUGCCAGUAGUGGUGACUGCAGUGAGUCUAGAGCACAUUCCUAAAGAGCUGUCUCCCUCCGGUAAACUGUAUUCUGCCCCAAGGGAUUUUUACAUUGUGGUAAAGUUCAUCAUACUUUUUUUUAAUAAUAAUUUUUUUAAGGCAAACAAUUUUUUUAAAAGUAAUAAACUUUCAGAAAGCAUAUAAUAUAUUGUUAAGAAAUAUUUGCAACAACAAAAAUAAUUUUUUUUUUCAAAUGAAAAAUCUUAAAGUUUAUUGUUAAUUUAAUUUUAUAAAGCUGUAAAGAAAGGCUUUAAAUCAGAAAUUAUUACCUCUGUGCAGGGAAGAGAACGAGGUAUGGAUUCACCAGAAUUAAUACUCGGGAGCUACACCUACAGAGUUGGUCAAGAUCCAAUACAAGUGUUUGAAAUCAAGGUAUAACAGGGAUGGAAUUCCCAUUAUAUUACACAUAUUAGCUUUAAUUCUGUGAUGUAAAAUAUAUGUUAAAAUCCAGAUUUUCAAUUUUUGUUAGAUAAUCUAUAAUUAGUGCUCGUCUUGGGUGAACUGGAUCUAGAGCAGCCUAUCAGGACUUGUGAUUUUUAAAAAAAGGACCCAAUAGAGAUUAAGUCCCUUAAAAAUAUAUCUUAAAUUAAAUAAUUAUUAGUCAAAAAUGAUUUGUGGGUGGGGAGGCAACAGAUUUUUUUCAGGCCCCUUGUCUUCUUCAAGCUCUUGUCUCGUACUCAUAGCCCACAAAAAUAUUAAUGACCAAAUAAGCAAAAGUUUAAAUACAAAAAAUUACCAGUUUUAUUGUAUUAUUCUGGCAGUUCACUUUCAACCAUGUACAAUGUCAAAGCCUUACUAUCCAACUUUAUCUUAUACUUAUAUAUCAAAUACCUCUUCUAAUUCAAAGGACCCUUUUUGUCUGAUGAAAUCAGUUACAAGUGAUAUCUGCGGAGUAAACCAACAUGUAUUCAAUAUUAUCACCCUGAAGAUUAUGAACAACUAUGGCAACCCUGACUAUACAUGUAUUUAUCGUCUAAGGGUACAUGGAAAGCCCACAUCACUAAUUGAAUGAUUUUAAAAAAUAGAGCAGGAAUGGUUUGUUUACUAAUUAAUAUUACACUAGAAAACCCCUUUAGCAUGACCAUAAGGCUCUUUACACAUAAUUAUUUUCUUAAAUAAUUUUUAAUCCCAUGAGAGUUGUAUUUCUCUUUGCUCUUCCAACAAAUAUUACCUGACGAACACUUAAUGUAUUGGACAGCAUAAUUUACCACAAUCAUGUGUACCAGUUUCAAUUAAGUUCAGUUUUUUACUAAGUAUAGCUCAACUACUUUGUGAUAGACAGAUGCAUUUUGUAGACAUUUUAUCUUAUAUGUACGGGAUACCUGCUUUUUUUUACUUUUUUAAUUUUUAAUUCAUGCUUGAGGUGAGAGGAAAGAAGAACUUGAGAAAUGUUUUACAUAACUUGACAUGACUUUGAAAGGAAAUUGUAUACAUAUAUUUUUUUAUUUAAAUUAUUUUUUUUAACAAAAGAAUUUUGAAAAUAAAAUAAAAAUGAGUUACUA